AUGGAUCCUCGCGAUCUACUUGCCCGUUUCCAUAUGCCUCAACUAUCCUCAUUCCAGGCCUUAGAUAAUUAUUCAACUCCUGUCCUAGGGGCUUCCGCACUCUUUUGCACUAUCAUCGCCUACACUAUCGCGAAAAUGUUUGGUUAUGGAUCCAGAAAGAACGAGUUCGAGGUGGACGGAAAGACUGUGGUGAUUACAGGCGGCUCUGAUGGCAUGGGCAAAGCUGUUGCGCUCCAACUGUCCGCAAAAGGCGCAAAUGUAGUUGUGGUUGCGCGCACCGUCUCCAAGCUCCAAAAUGCCGUUGAAGAGAUGAAGGCUAGCGCAGUGAAUUCAUCCAAGCAGAAGUUCCACUAUAUCAGUGCCGAUCUCACAGACCCUGCUGAGUGCGAGCGAGUCAUCGCAGAAGUUACCUUGUGGAACUCUGGAGCUCCCCCCGACGUUGUAUGGUGUUGUGCGGGCUUCUCCCGUCCGGGUUUCUUCGUCGACGUGCCCAUCAAAGAGCACCGGCAGCAAAUGGACACGUUAUAUUGGACUGCAGCCAACACAGCUCAUGCCACUCUGCGCAGCUGGCUCACACCGGUUUCUCCGAAUGAACAGGUGAAAACACCCCGGAGACAUCUUAUUUUCACCUGCUCUACCCUCGCUUUCGUUCCCAUCGCUGGCUAUUCACCAUACUCGCCUGCCAAGGCAGCCAUCCGCUCUCUGUCCGAUACUCUGAGCCAGGAAAUUGAAAUGUAUAACGGAGCCUAUAGUCAGCGGCACAGCACCAACGCCCCAGCGGCGGAUGUCAAGAUUCACACGAUUUUCCCCAUGGGAAUUCUCAGCCCUGGCUUCGACAAUGAGCAGAAGAUCAAGCCUGAAUUGACCAAGCAACUCGAAGAAGCCGACAAGCCCCAGACACCUUCGGACGUCGCAAAAAUCUCUAUUAGCGCCCUCGAGCGUGGGGAAUACCUUAUCACUACCAUGUUCAUUGGACACAUCUUGAAAGGCACCGCUCUUGGCCCCAGCCCGAGAAACAGUAUUAUCGGUGACACCCUGCUCAGUUGGCUCAGUAACCUGGUGUUCCUGCAGGUCAUCCCAGACCUUCGCGGCAAGGCAUUCAAAUGGGGAAAGAAGAAUGGUCUUCCAACUCCUAAUCCUGCUUCGUAA